CGUCACUCCAGCCGCCAUUGACGCCCCACCAGCGGCUGCCGCAUCGCCAUGGCCCUCCGGCGCCAGAAUCUGUCGCCCACCGCAAACCUGCUGCGCAACUCGCGCCUCUUCUCCCUCCCGAACCCCCUCCCGCGGCCCAACGUCGCCGAAACGUACGGCGCAGGCGUGCAGAAAGUUUCCGACACCGCAACGCUCCCUUUUCCUACGCACCAGGCCAUCGCGACAACACCCAGCUCCCUCGCUCGUGGAGAUUGGGGAUUGAAAAGACCUCUGCCCUCCCGGUCGCAUCUUGUCCAGACGAGCAACCCGGUGGUGCGCGUGAAGCAGCUCGAUACCAUUGAGCAUGUCACAGACUUCGACUCGGCGGCGGACCAUGUGCGGACACGGCAGAAGUGGGAAGAGCUGGGCAUUCCGAUGAUGAAGGGCAUGGCCGCUAUGAGGGAGACGGGCGUAGGAAAUAUACAGCCCGGUGGCGCAUUCGAGCAUCGGUCCGAUGUGACAUCGUACGAGGGCGACGAGGGCUUGGAUGAGGCUGGAUUGAUCCUGGAGACCGUCAAGCAAAGUGUGAAAGCAAAUAUACAAGAGGAGGCAAAGGCCGCGGUAGCCCGGAGACGGGAUCCAAACGCUCCCCCGGCAUCAUUUAUUCCCUACAGCUUACCCCACCCCGACCCGGCUCGACACAACGCUCGUCGUUGGAAACAUGACGGACCCUGGCUUCCCGGAAUGAGCGCCGACGAAUUCACCACAUACGUCACCAAAGAGCUUACCGCCCGGCGAAAGGAGUUCAACCAAUACCUCGUCCAAUAUGUCAAGAACGAAAUCUACACAAUACGCCAAAACUCAUCACGGAAUUCCGGCAUGGCGCUCGAGGAAGCAGAAGCGGAAGAACAACGGGCUGCCCAAGAAAAACAAUGGGCCAACAUUACCUCGGCAGACAUCAACGCCGGCAUCAAAGCCCUGCGGCGAGAAGCCGCCGUCGACCCACUGGCAUCCAAGCUCGUCCAAAGACUCAUAAUCCCCUUCCUCCGUCUCCCCAACAUCAAGUUCAAGAACACAGCAUUCCACAUGGACAGCACAAAGAACGAGAUCGAACAGUACCGCUUCGACGACGACAGAGCGCCGCUAUCCACCCACCCCUCCGCCGGUCUCGGCUACCUCCGCACAAACGCCUACCUCAGCAACCACCCCAUCCUCGGCCCGCAAGGCGAACGCACGCCAGUAAGCGCCCGCGUCGUCCAGCCCCUCGAGACAAACUCAUCAACUGAGAAGUACGCCCGGCUCGGCGUGGCGGGCUUUGUCGCAAACGACGACUAUUCCAACACUGGUUCCAGCGCCCGGCCUUUUUACCACAGACCUAAUGACGUGCAAUUCAUCGACGUGCACACCGAGGGCGGCGCAAAAGUCAAUGUGCACCCGCGCUAUGCAUCCGUGACAAACGAUGGACGUAUCCAUAUCAAGCUGGAUCGCGCUACAGGCUCAGAAAUCAAGGUUGCGAGGGGGGAGCUGGAGGACCGGCCGCCGGCGCGGGAGAAAGUGGAGCAGGACCCUAUGGCUGAUUUGACGAGCGGCAUGGGGAAGAGCGGAAUCAAAGAGCUGGAUGAGCAAAGCUCGCAGGCGCAGGACUUGGCGAAUAUGUUGCACGACCUUGCGCAGCAGGGGGGCGGGAGCCGCGGUUUGGGGGAGGUGAGGCCCGGCGUGGAGGAGGCUGCGAGGGGUGAGGGAGAUGCGAGGAGUUGAAAUGAGAUGGGAUGGAGCGGUUUGUAAGAUAGGCAGGCGUGGAUUGUAGAAUAUGUACAUAUUUGUACGGCAAUGUGGACGUUUGUAU